GAAACUUCAAAAGUCUAUUGUUAUUUUACGCAUUCUAACCUCAAAAACUUUUAAAUUUACGAUAAAAUGUUCUAAACUAUAACAAAAAUGCAUGCAAUUAAAGUGUUAUUGAGAAACAAGAGUGCAAAAAUAUUUUGUGGUCGCUACUAUGCUACAUCAAAACAGAAAAUUCCUGAUCUCGAGGAGGAAGACUCACUCCCAGUAUUCCAGUACCCGACAAGCAAGGCAUCAGACCGCAACAUGUAUAUGUGGGGUCUAGCAGAGACUGGCGCCCUCGGUAUUCACAUGCCUCGCGGUAAGAAGGGCAGGAAGCAGUACCGGAACAACUUCUCACUCUGCUGGUACCCUAUGCGCUCUGCUUUUGCUGAAAGAUUUGAUGUAGAACAUGUAGCUGCUGGCUAUGGCUUCACAGUGGCUUCCAUAAAGACAGAAGAGCAACACAAAGUAUUUGGAACCGGUAUCAAUACAGACUCACAGAUUGGGUAUCAUGCACCACGGAUUGGCCACCCCCUGGAAUUGCUGCUCAGUCCAGCCCCAAUAUUCUUGCCUUACAAAUCUUUAGAAACUAAGAUAAUCGGAAUAGAUGCUGGUCGGGCCCAUACAGCAAUACUGACAGACAAUGAAGGUGUAUACACAUUGGGCAACAAUGCAUAUGGCCAGUGUGGUCGCAAGAUAAACCAAAAUGAAGACUAUAAAGGGAGUGUGAAUUCGCAUAACAUCAAGAGGCUAGGCGGAGAGAAGAUUACUAGUGUCUGUUGUGGUCAGGAUCAUACUCUAUUCAUAACAGAGAGCGGCAAGGUGUUCGCUUGCGGCUGGGGCGCGGACGGCCAGACCGGGUUAGGCACCUAUGAUAACCGGGCCAUACCCGCUCAGGUGAAAGGCGAUAUUACUUCGGAGAAAAUCGUGAAAGUAGCUUCGACUGGGGACUGCGUUCUGGCUUUAAAUGAUCAAGGCGAGGUGUUUGGCUGGGGCAAUUCGGAGUACGGUCAGAUCCCUAUGCAGUGUGGAUCACAACAGGUCAACAUGUCAUACUCUCUGCUCGAAUUCUGCCGCGGUUUGGGAAAAAUUACUGAUAUUGCCGCCGGAGGAUCUUUUUGUUUGAUUGUUAAUGAGGCUGGCGAUGCUUUCGUUUGGGGCUUUGGCUUGCUAGGACUUGGGCCCAACGUGAAACACUCCAACAAACCAAAACAAAUACCAAGCACUUUAUUCGGACGAAAUGAAUUCAAUACAGAUUCUCGUGUGGAGAAGGUAGCUUGUGGCAUAGGACAUUUAGCAGCUAUCACCAAUGAUGGACAACUGUAUAUGUGGGGCAGAAACAGACAGGGCUGUCUCGGUCUAGGUUAUACUAAAGACCAAUAUUUCCCACUAAAAGUAGCCAUCGGAGGACAUGUAUUAAAAGUUUUAUGUAGUGUAGACCAUAGUGUAGCAAUUUGCAGACCUUUCACGUGAUUUAUUAUUAUUUAAGACAGUUAGUGAAUAAAUUGUAAUAUUUGUUA